AUGGGCAGCGGCAGCAGCCGGAGCAGCCGGGCCCUGCGGCGGCUGCGCGGCCCCGACAGCCGGCCAGCGGGGCCCGGCGGGGCAGCCCGGGAGGACGCGACGGGGCCACUGGCCUCGGCGACGGCGGUGACCCCGGAGGCGACCCCGGAGGCAGCAGGGGCGGAGGCUGGGGGCGCGGCCGGCCCGGACGCCGCGACGCCCCUCGACAGCCGGGACGAAACCCUGCGCCUGCUGGACCAGCUGCUGGCCGAGUCGGCGGCCUGGGGCCCGGGGGAGCUGCCUUCGAGGGGCCCCACCCGGGCGCGGCCCGCCGCUGGCACGGGGAGCCGGGUGUCCCCAAAACAGAGAGCUGAGGACCACCCAGAGAGCAGCGUGUCUGAAGCCCCAGACAGUGGCCACAAGAGGCCAGAGAGGCAGUCGGUCAUCUUGUAUGACUACUCGGAGGAGGAGCUGAUGGCCAGCAUCGAGCAGGAGUACUGUCGCUGAGGCACCGCCAGCGCCUGCCCCACCUGACCAGCCUCUAGGAACCUGGGCUGGGGGUGCGCACCCCCCCGGCCCGCCCAGGGCCCGCGCUGGUAGCGGAGCCACUGCCAACAUGCAGUUACUCACGGAUCUUUCAAACCAGCCUUUUCCCAUCCAUAUUCAGACGGCCCCGAACAAGGCCAGCCGCCGGCUGGCAUGCCUGCUGGCAAGAGGUGGCCAGCGGUGCAAACCCAGACCAGGAGGCGUGCCGGUGCCGCGUGGGCAGGUGACCUCCACAGACGUGCCCUCCUCUCAACCCCGGGAGGGCCUGUCUGCCAGGUUCUGCUGGAGCCCACGUGCCUCCCCUUUCUGAUGGCUGCUCUCCGCCUGGGCUGGGGAGGGCUCCUCACGGAGUGGGCUCAGAACCGAUGUGGGGCCUCUGAUACAUCCCACAGCGCUUCAGCAAGGUUCCACUGUGAGGGUGCACCCCGGAGGUGUGCCCUGCCCAGCUGGAAGGGUCACCCUGAGUUCUGCAAGUGGAUCUCUGGAGAAGUUGUCAAAGUGCAGAUUCUGGUUCUGGGGGUCUGCGGUGGGCCCGAGUCCGCAUUUCUAACCAGCUCCCAGGUGAGAGCCAAGCUGCUGGCUCCCAGCCGCACCUGAGUAGCAAGGAUUGGGCGGAACCUUUAGGCCCCGGUGAUGGAGGCUGCUGAGAGCCCAGCCCGCCGGCCCCCCUGAAGGCGCAGCACUGGGCCCGAGGCCCCAGCUCUGACCCUCUCACGCUGGUUUGCAGCCACUUUUCCUCCCUGGGCCUGUUUCCCUCUCAGCUCCCAUGUUCCCAGCCUCCUGGGGCACAGAGCAACCCCCACCCCCACCCCCUCGGAGGAUGCCUGCCCGUCCCACCUGGAAAGGGCCUUCAGGGCCACCUGCUCUCACCUGGCCAGUGCCUGAUGGGUCUUCUCACUGGUGGAAGGUAACGGUCGCAGUGAGGCCAGAAGAGCCCGACAUUCCUGCUGACAAAUGAAAGGGCUGACUUGUUCAAUGGGGGGAAA